AUGGAAAAAGAGUUCAGUGGAAUGUCCCAAAGCGACUUAGAAAACAAAAAAUGUACUCCAAGUGUCACCCAAAAGAUGCUUCACUUUGAAACUUUUUCAAGUUUGUUAAAUGGAAAGAGUGAUUGCAAUAUUGUCUACAAGAUCGUCUUGGUAUGCAAACUGAAUAUGUUCACUUGCCUUUCACAUCGAAGUGAUUUAAAAGUUUCGUUCGGUUAUCUUUUACUGAACCAGAAAUUUGCUCGCAAGGGAUUAUUUAUGAAGUAA